UUUUUCCCGCCAAAUGACGUUUUAAUUAUUUUGAUAUUUUCUGUAUUUCAGAAGGAAAUAAUAAAUACAGUAAAAUAAACUUUUUAAAAGGAAACAACCAAAAUGAAUAAUUUUGAAUAUAACGCCGAAACUUUAAGUGAUUUACUGCCCGUUUAUUACAAAAGAUUGUUUCCACAUUCUCAAUUUUACCGCUGGUUAAGUUACGGGAAUCAACUUACUUUUGCAAAAAGAGAAAUAUCUUUUACACUUCUCGGUGAUAUUUAUAUUCGUUAUCAAUCCUUUGACUCUCAAGAUGAUUUCACAAAACAGUUGUUUAAAAAGUAUCCCAUAAAAAUAGAUUUAGGCGCCGUAUAUCAGACAAGACCAAGAGAUAGAGGCCCAGUUUCUCAAAUUAUACCCACAGAAAAAGAAUUAGUAUUUGAUAUUGAUAUGACUGAUUAUGAUGAGGUGAGAACUUGCUGUUCAGGUGCUGAUGUAUGUACUAAAUGUUGGAAGUUUAUGAUGAUAGCCUGCCAUAUAUUAGAUAUUGCACUGAGUGAUGAUUUUGGUUACCAGCACAGGUUGUGGGUAUUUUCUGGAAGAAGAGGUAUUCAUUGCUGGGUAUGUGAUCAAGAAGCAAGAAAAAUGGGUGAGGAAGCCCGUUCAGCUUUAGCAGAUUAUUUAUGUGUUGUAAAAGGUGGAGCAAAUACAACAAAAAAAGUUCAUUUGCCAGGAGAUAGAAUACACAGUUCUAUUAAGCGAGCUUUAAAAAUUAUAGACAAAUAUUUCCCAACUAUAGUUGAAGAACAAGAUAUUUUAGGCACUGAAGAGAGGUUUAAUAACUUUUUAAAACUUAUUGAUCAAGAUGUAAGGCCAUCGUUUAAAACUCCAAUGAAACGAGCAGAAACUUCCUCAGAAAAAUGGAAUAUUUUUGAAGAAACUUUUAAUGAAAUGCUAAGAAAUGAUACAAUUCCAAAACAUUUGAGGAAUCUUAAAGAUGAAAUAAAACUACACUAUGCUUAUCCUAGAUUGGAUAUAAAUGUGACAAAAGGAUUCAAUCAUUUAUUAAAAGCUCCAUUCUGUGUUCACCCAAAAACUGGGAAAGUUUGUGUACCCUUUGACCCAAAGAAUCUGGACUCUUUUAAUCCAGAUACAGUACCUACUGUUCAUGGAUUAAUCGAAGACAUUGAAAAUUAUGCACAAAAGAUGAAAGACAGCAGUUCAACAGAUAUUGAUGCUGAAACAAAACAGCUAUCUAAAAUUAAAGACUACAAAAAAACCAGUCUUGUAGAAGCAAUCAGUGUUUUUGAGAAUUUUUUAAAAGGAAUUGAAAUCAAAAAUCCCAAUAAAGAUCAAGCUUGGAACAUAUUUUAUGUUACUAUAAAUUAUGUCAUUGGAUGGGGCUGAUGGUAAACACAAUAUAAACUAACAUACAAUAUUUAAAGAUUCAACUGAACUGAGAUCCAGCACACUGAUCCGGAUCUUUUAACUGAACCAGAUUCAUUGACCCAGAUAUUAAAAAAGAUCCGGAUUGAUAUUUUAAAGAUUUGAGAAUGUAUACCUUUGUUCCAAGUAAGUAUUCGUUAAAUGCAUAGUUAAUAUGUAUUAUAAUUGGUAUUUAUUUUGUUCUAAUAUUUAUUUGUUAUUAAUAAACAUAUUUUAAGAAUGUUCUAAUGUAUUAUUUAAAACCUUCAGGGGGCAUUCCCACUCCACUCGGUUCCUAAAAGUUACAGGAUCUUAUUACCACUGCCACCCACAAUUCCACAAACUCCUCCCAAAGUCACAGAUACAUAAUGAGCACUUUCUAAACAUUUUAGACCUAUUUGUAAAACAAAUUAGGAGCCUGUUCAUACCAUUAAAAAAUUUCCAAAUGUACAAUUAAAGGAAUAAACUUUUUAAAUUUUUUAACUUUUUAUUUCAUUAAGCAAGUUUUUCUAAUUUAGUUCAUUUAAUUUUUUAAACAAAGCAUUGGCGAAUGAUACUUUGAAACUAGGACUAACAGAAUUUAACAAACUAUAAGGGGUUUCAAAAUACACUUCACUGUCUAGGUCAUUUACAUCAGAUUCGUAGCCUACUACUCGAAACCCUUGUGCAGAUAAUUGUAUGCAAUAAUUGUUUCCCUCGUUAGUAAUAAGAUUUAAAUAAAUAACAUUAUAAUCACUACCAAGUUUUUCAGAUAUUUCUAGUGUUUUAACAUGGUCUUUUACGUCAUUUAUUACUACUUCAGCUUCUAGUUUCCAAUUAUCAGGAUCAAACACAUGUCCAGACAUGUUCAUGUACAUUUAUUUGUAACACUUUCUUUUCAUGUUAUUUGUUUAUAAACAUAAAAAAUAAAAACGGCAUACAUACAAAUCAUACAAAUAUAAAAAACAAAAUCGGAUAAAUAUAACCUAAAAUAAAAAAAU